GAAUGCCGUGACUAUGAUAGUGCUUUUCAAGGAAGACAGAAAGGUGGGAGUUCUUUCCAGAGUAAUUUUGACAAAAGGAAGCCUUGUUAUAAACAUGGUGCAUAUGAGCUUCAGCCUUCACAUAACCAGAAGAAUGAUGGAAACAUGAAGAUGAGGGAUGUCUACAAGGACCCCCAAAUAAGACACACUCCUUACACCAUCCAACAUAGCAGGAGGGGAGUACAAGGGUACAAUGAAGAUGAAAUUCAUAUUCCUGCACGGAGAAAUGGAAGACCUCAAGAGAGAGAAAAGAGGGAGAACACAGAAGAUGAUACUACAGGGAGCUGGUUCAAGGUCACAGUUCCUUAUGGGAGAAAGUAUGACAAAGCAUGGCUAGUGAAUUCCAUCCAGAGCCGUUGCAGAGUCUCCUUCACCCCGGUCGAUUUCCACUAUGUCAAACAUCGAGCCCUGUUCUUUGUCCAGGAUGCCAGUACUGCGUACGCAUUGAAGGAUGUAAGUUACAAGAUUUGUGAUGAGGAGAACCAAAAGAUAUGUAUCUUUGUCAACCCUUCUACUGUGCCCUACUCCAUGCAGAAUAAGUUGAAGCCAGAACAAAUGGAGCAACUAAAGCUGACCAUGAACAAACGAUACAAUGUCUCCAAGCAAACUCUUGACCUCCAGAGACUGCGCUUUGACCCAGACUUGGUGGGCCAUAAUAUGGAUAUAAUCCUGAAUCGAAGAGACUACAUGGCUGCCACCCUGCAGAUUAUUGAAAGGAGUUUCUCUGAGCUAUUGUCUUUGAACUUGUGUAACAACAAACUGUACCAGCUGGAUGGCCUCUCAGACAUUACAGAAAAGGCCCCCAAAGUCAAGAUCCUGAAUCUCUCCCAAAAUGAGCUCAAGUCGACCUGGGAGCUGGGCAAGGUGAAAGGGCUGAAGCUCGAAGAGCUGUGGCUAGAAGGAAACCCCUUGUGCAGCACUUUCCCACACAAGUCCGCCUAUGUAAGUGCCGUCAAGGAUUAUUUCCCCAAGUUGUUAUACCUGGAUGGCCAAGAGUUACCACAGCCAGUUAUCAGUUCUGAGUUAAUAAAACCCUGCAAGGAAAUCUAUACAGGAUGUGAGAUCCUAAAGAGUCUAGUUCGGCAAUUCCUGCAGCAGUAUUACUCGAUCUAUGACUGUGGAGAUCGACAGUGUCUCCUCAGUGCUUACCACGACGAGGCCUGCUUCUCCCUGACCGUUUCCCUCAACCCCGAGGACCCAGACCUGAACAGCUUGUGCAAGUACUUCAAACAUAGCAGAAAUAUCAAAAUGCUCACGGACCCCUACCUGCGGAGACAGCUGCUAAAAUACACAAAAAGUGACAUUGUGGACUUCCUCAGUGUGUUGCCCAAAACUCAGCAUGAUCCCCACUCCUUCCUGGUAGACAUGUGGCUCCAGACGGAAGCAAUGCUCUGCUUUUCUAUCUACGGAGUGUUCAAGGAAGUGGAAGGAAUGUCUCAGGGUUCUGUUCUUGCCUUCACCCGGACCUUUGUCUCUACUCUUGUCAGCAAUUCCAGUCUGUGCAUCGUGAAUGAUGAACUGUUUGUGAGGAACGCCGGCCCCAAAGAGACCCAGAGUGCUUUCUCCAUACCAAUGUCUUCACCCUCCUUCAGCCCUGAGCCUGCUCUCUCCCCAGAGCAGCAGGAAAUGGUGAAGGCUUUCUCCACUCAGUCUGGGAUGAAACCUGAGUGGUCUCAGAAGUGCCUUCAGGACAAUGAGUGGAACUACACCAGAGCUGGUCAGGUCUUCACUAUGUUCCAGGCUGAAGGCAAGAUCCCAAAGGAGGCCUUCAAACACAUCCCAUAA